CCUGACGGACGGUAAAAGAGCUUACUUGCACCUCUGCCUCUCUCAUAUUCCUCUUGAAGACUUCAUUCAGAAGAUAUCUGUUUACUGAAAGAAUGGGCAGAUAGUUACAAACCAGCCUUCUUCAUAGCAGCUAACCUGUGGAUCCUGAAGGAUGGAAAUAGUUGAUGCUAGCUUCCUUGAGAACAGUACCAAUAUCACUGCUUUGCUGUGUGAUAUCCUCUUGGAAAAUGAGACUUUUUACUGUGUGGAUGAUCCACCUUACUCUUCUAAAGAUUUGCAUCAGAUAAUCCGGAUCCUGCUGUACUGUUUGAUAUUUCUGCUCAGUGUUUUGGGGAACAUUCUGGUCAUCACUGUGCUGAUAAGAAACAAACAGAUGAGAACAGUCACCAACACAUUUCUGCUGUCCCUGGCAGUCAGUGACCUAAUGCUCUGCCUCUUCUGCAUGCCAUUCACCCUUAUUCCCAACCUGCUGAAAGAUUUUAUUUUUGGGAGCACUGUUUGCAAAACUGCCACUUACUUCAUGGGGAUCUCUGUAAGCGUAUCUACAUUCAACCUGGUUGCCAUCUCUUUGGAGCGGUACAGUGCCAUUUGCAAACCUCUUCAGUCCAGGGUCUGGCAGACAAAAUCCCACGCCUUGAAAGUGAUUGCUGCUACCUGGUGUGUUUCUUUUACCAUCAUGUCGCCAUACCCAAUUUACAGCAAGCUGGUCCCUUUCACCAAGUACAACAAUAGCACAGCCAACAUGUGUCGGCUCCUUUGGCCAAGUGAUGUCAUUCAGCAGUCUUGGUACACCUUCCUGCUGCUCAUACUCUUUCUUAUACCUGGGAUAAUAAUGAUGGUUGCAUAUGGCCUCAUUUCAUUGGAGCUCUACAGAGGAAUAAAAUUUGAUACCAGCCAGAGAAGAUCUUCAAGAGAAAGAAAAGGAAGUACCAGCAUUGCCAAAUACGAGGAUGGAGAUGGGUGCUACCUGCACAAAGCCAAAAGGAAAAGGAAAGUGCCAUUGCAACAGCUCUCUGCUAUGAGAAACAGCAAAAUAGACAGGGUGAGAAGCAGCAGCUCUUCUGCCAACCUGAUGGCCAAGAAACUUGUCAUCCGCAUGCUGAUGGUGAUAGUGGUUUUGUUUUUCAUUUGCUGGACUCCCAUCUUCAGCGUGAACGCCUGGCGUGCAUUUGACACCGCCUCCGCAGACCUGCAUCUCUCGGGAGCUCCCAUCUCCUUUAUCCACCUGCUGUCCUACACUUCUGCCUGUGUGAACCCUAUCAUAUACUGCUUCAUGAACAAGCGUUUCCGCAUGGGUUUUCUAGCCACUUUCACCUGCUGCACCAAGCAGAAGCCGCCUGUGAUUAGAGGAGAGGUUGGUGAUGAAGAGGAGGGGAAGACGACAAGGGCUUCGCUCUCCAAGUGCUCUUACACACACAUGAACGUGUCUGCACCCCCCUGAGCUGCAUCAGAAGGGGCUACAAGUGGCCCACAGAAAUUCAAGUGGACAUCGUCUGGUCUUGGGAAGUGGCUGUGGCAUUAGUUGAUAUGAUUUAGUUCCAAGGUAAUGAAACACUUCAGCUGACAGUAAACGCUGUGAGAACUU